AUGGCAGCUCGGAGGAUUGGUCAGUUUGUUCCAGAUUGGAUUAAGAUUGCGACUAAAGUUCCCAACGAAGCAAAACCGAAUAUGAAUUCUCUUAGGAUGCAGUAUGAGACUAUUAAGACAAGGUGAGGGAAUACUUAAUGCCAUCAUGAAUCGAAGUACGUGCAUUUCGUGCAGAUACUGAUACAAUACAUGCAUUCUGAUUCAGUGUAAUGGGCAUCUGUUUAGCAAUUCUCAUGCGUAUAUUUGUUUUUACGUUAUAUUCUUCUAAAUCCUGUGUUCAGUUUCUUUAUUUUUGCGUUAAUGCUAUUGCAUAAUUGCUGAUCUGAGAUGUUUUAAAUAUUACAAACUGUUUUUCACUGAUAUUGUUAUUGACCUCGGUUGUUCAAACGUUGGAUAGCGCUCUCCAUCGGAUAAGUCACUGUCCAGUGGAUAAUUACUAGGGAAAUUAAUUGCAAUAUCCAUUGGAUGGAGAUAAAUCAAGUGGAUAGCAUAAUUCACCUUUCGAACAGCAUACUGAGGUAUGAGUUCCCUGAAAGGAACUACAUGUAGCUCUCUUAUUUUUAGGGAGACGGAUAAAGCGGCCCAUAUGUGUCAUGGUACGGUGGCAAAUCUCACAGCAAAACAACAAGAAAUCAAGGCAAAACUAUGUCAAUUCAUGAUAAAAACUAGAGAUUAAAAAAAAAAAAAAAUUCAGAAAAAAAUACCACCGUGGAAGAAGGAUGUUUUGUGGUUUGUUUGGGUGAAAAAGGGCAGGCAGAUGAAGUGGCUAACACUUUUGCCAUUAUCUUUAUAAAAUUUGGUUGUUUUGUGGUGAGUUUGCAUUGUGUUUCUGUAUGGUAACAUUGCAAUGUGAUAUAUUGUACUCAUCACAUUAUUUUUGCUGUUUCAUUAUAUUUUAGUGUGUUUAUAGGACAUUGUCUUAGUUAAAUGGGCUAGGAAGUGCUUUUUAAGAUAGUUUCAUUAUACUUACAAGUGAUCACAGAAAUGACUGAAAGUAAGCACAUUGUACAGCUGUACAUGUAUAUUAAGCUAUAAAGCAGAGGAAACCUAGAGAAAAUCCUAAAGGAUGCACAGAUGGGUAAACAUGGCGAAGAUUUAAACCGAUUGCAUAUGGAUUAACUCAAAAAGUGUCUUUUUUCAAGUUUGCCUUAAUUUGUAUGCAUGUGUGGCUUGAAAUUCUCAGGAGUCAUCAACUUUGUUUUUAUUAUGUGGUGAUGAUUAAUUUUGUCAGUAAAUGAUGUUUCUUUCAUCAAUUUGUAGGCUAAAUCUCCCAGUUAAAGUUUCUUUAACUGAAGUUUCUGGUUAAAUAAUAAAAAAAUUGCAUGUCUUAGAUGCAUAGAAGGUUGCCAAGAAGGAAAAUUGGUGAAGAUCAAAUUUGCAGAUUUUUUGCAUGCCAAACUCUAUUUUUCAUCAGAGUGUGAAGAGGACCUAAAGUACUUGAAGAAAUUCAUCAGGCUUUUGAAGUUAAUAUCGAUUUAAAGUCCUCAAAACAUAGCCAGUCUUAAUGUCUUAAUGAUGCUGACAGUUUUGAUGACUGUCAGCCAUCUUUCUCAAAACUUGGAAAACAUUAAAAGUGUCAGAAGCCUUAAAUAGGCCUCUGAAGGGCCUAAAGUAGCAAAAAUAGAUAAUUUUCUUAGACCAUAGUUGUCAGCCAAAUUGCAACAUGCAAGAAAUAACUCAUUUAUUGUAAGAAGCUGUCAGUUUUGUUUGUUGUUGUACUUUGUAGCCUGGAUGCAGUUGCAGCCAAACCAGAGCCAAUUAACUGGGAUUAUUAUGCAAAGAACAUUGCCAAACNGUCUUAAUGAUGCUGACAGUUUUGAUGACUGUCAGCCAUCUUUCUCAAAACUUGGAAAACAUUAAAAGUGUCAGAAGCCUUAAAUAGGCCUCUGAAGGGCCUAAAGUAGCAAAAAUAGAUAAUUUUCUUAGACCAUAGUUGUCAGCCAAAUUGCAACAUGCAAGAAAUAACUCAUUUAUUGUAAGAAGCUGUCAGUUUUGUUUGUUGUUGUACUUUGUAGCCUGGAUGCAGUUGCAGCCAAACCAGAGCCAAUUAACUGGGAUUAUUAUGCAAAGAACAUUGCCAAACCAGGGAUGGUAGAAGCUUUUAGGAAAGCUGUAAGUUGUCUUUAUUUGUUUUUGUUUAUUGUGAAUCUAUAAGCAGCAAUACAACUGGGUACUUCUGGAUUACCAUAAUUGGUGUUGAGUUAAUUAUGCAUGUAUGCAGUACUAUUUUUAUUCAUUUGUAUAUAAAUUCAAGUUGUGUCUAGGAAGAAUAAAAUUUUAUUGAAACAAUGGAGUGCUUUUCAACUUAGAGGCAAAACUUUUGCUGAGCAACCCUUUUUCAAUGCCACAAACUUAGCUUGAUGAGGUUUACAUGUAAGUCUUAAUUUGGUUCGCAUACACCUAACAGUGGCUGAAUGUUGUGAUCAGUAUUCUGUUAACGAUUUUCAUGGUUUGUCCAAUCUUGAAAAGAUCUUGAAUUUUACCAGUUGUCUUGAAAAGUCCUUGAAUUCAGUUUAAGUUCUUGAAAAGUACUUGAUUUCUUUAUCAGGUCUUGAAAAGUCCUUGAAAUUCACAACAUUGUCUAUGCCAGACAACUUUUUUGUGUAAAAUUAUAUUAUUUUGCUAAGGCAAAUUUGGCUCAUCCUCAGUGUAAGAACCUGUAAAACUCACGGGUAAUGUAAAACAUUUUUGUGAAUGAACAAUAUUUUAUUAAUUCUGUUUCUUUAUUUCAAAUGCUAUUUCUCUGCUUUCAAGUCAUACAGUGUACCUAGUCAUUUUGCAAAGUCUUGUGGCGGAAACUAGCAUAAAAUAACGUGAUCAAUGAUGGCCAAAGAAGGAAAAAUCGUAUAAAUGACUCCAUGACGUGUUUUAGCUAAUAGGGGGAUCAACGGUGAUUAAAGAAUGUAUGUAGCCUGCAUACAGCUGUAACUAGUGCUUUAUGAACCACACGAAGUGAACAUGGCAUUUUGUGAGAGACGAGCGCGAAUCGCAAGGUGAGGGGUGGAGAAAAAAUAAAGCGCCUGUCACCAGUCCAUUGUCCUGGCUCUUCCGCCCAUCCAUGCCCACAGAUAUUGACUGACAGCGGUGGUGGCAAAAGGUCCAAUCAAAACACGGUCCAUUAUAUCAUUUGCACGAAAGUUGUCACCUCUCUGGCUACCAGAAACACCUACAGUUAUUGUAGCAUAAACUACAGAAAAUAUUAACUGUAUUAGUGCAUUAAACACCUCUAAAAUUAAUGUAAGACUCAGCGCAGCAAAAAUUAAGAUUUGCACAGUCAAAGUUUAGAAUACCCAAACACAGCGGUGAGAAAGAAAGAGGGAAAACCUGUUGUUCAAACAAACUCGAAGGUCGUGUUUUAUGAGUUGUGUUUGGCCUGUCAACACUUUAUUUCGAAAAGUUGGUAAAUCAGGCUUUUUCCAAAGUAAACCCAAUUGAAAGCAAUCUAAGAACUUCCUUCCUCUUUAACAAUAAAUAUAAACAUUUCUUUUGUUUUUCUUUUAUAUUUGGAACAUUUCGGAAAUAAACAAAGAGCUUCUCUAACAGUAUUGUCAAAAGAACAUGACUGCAUGACAGCAAUUUGUACUUCCAGACAAACAUGCCAGAAUUUUGCCAGAACUACACAUCAUCAAUUAACAUGACAUUCAUGUAGUGAAUGUGGGAAGAGCCAAAACAAUGGACUGGUAACAGCUGCUUUAUUUUUUCUCCUCUCCUCGCAUCACAAUUUGCACUUGUCUCACAAUUCACACAAAGUGCCAUGUUUGCCUUGCUUGGCUUAUAAAGCGCCUGUUAUGCAGGCUACUUCAUAUGCUGCAUCUUUAAAAAUAUACCUUACUUUUACUAAAAUAAUAAUAAUAAUGAUACUGUGAAACACUAGUUUUUGAAUGUCUUUUUAAGUACGGGCAUUUCUCAAAUAUCGCUACAUUAACCCAUUCACCCCUGUGUUGUCCUUAAACACCUGUGUUGAUCCAUGUCCCUUGUACUCAAGAUAGCCUGCGUUGCAGUGGGCCCACGCACUUGUCUAAACCAUUUGUGUAGUCCUUCUGUGAAUUAGUGCACAAAAGCUCGUUCUAAUAUCCUGCAGAGUUGCAAGGACAUAUGUGAGCGUUUCUGGUAGGCGGGUUUCUUACGGGUUUCUUGCGAGCCUCACAAUUGGCCUAAUUUUUAUGUGUGCGUGACAGUUGGGCGCAGUGACAUGUCAAAAUUCACAGAAGGGAGUUGGCAAGGAUCGUUUACAGUAAUCAAUGAAAGAUUAGUUCCAACUUUAAAGCCAUCUUCUGAGCAAAAAAGUGCUUUGAGAUAAUUCCUUCAAGGCCAGAAUUUGCUUGUAAAUUUGCUGGCUGGUUUUCCAGUGUCUUCCAAUCGCUGCAGAUGCACUACCGCAUAUUCUGCAAUCUAGCCGACAGUUCUAGAGUCAAAACAAAUCAGGAAAUCAUCAUGAUAUUCACGAUAAAAAAAACUACACACAUGUAGCUGUUCAGGUCCAGGCAUUUCAUUGAAAACCAAAGAAACUAAGGUUACCGUAUUUAGCUGCAAUAAAAAAGCUUAAGGCUUAAACAGAGGUAAAAAUCAUUUAUAAUGCAUCUGUGAUCAAAUCCUCUCAGAAAACAUUUCCCAAAAAAUAAACCACAGGAACUAAUUACUCAAUAUGCAUGGAGCAGACCAGCUUCACAACCUCUAAAUGUAGCUAAAGGUGAGACUCAAAGUGGCAAAAAAAAUUUGCUCAGUCAAAUUGUAGAAUACUCCAUGCACUGUAUAAAUUACGCAAAAAGAGGGCAAGAAAAACAUCUGCUGUUCAAGCUACUCUAAAGUCACGUUUCACACUAUCACAAGCUCUUUCUCUCUUGUCACGAGCUAUGAGUCAUGUUUGGCCUGUCAACGCGUAAUUCAAAUUGGACUUAUCACAAACUGCGUGAGAAACUAGCCAAUCAAUAAUGCCGACAUAUGUCCUUGCGACUCUACGGGAUUCAAACACGAUAUUGUGCACUAAUUCGCAGACGCAUUAUAUAGUAGGUUUAGAGCAUCUGCGACCCAGGCUAACUUAAGAAGUCAACAAUUUUAACAGUAACAGUGGAGCUCAAGCGGCUGAGCACUAUGGGUAAGAAAAUUUGGUUCUAUAUGCAUCCGAGAAAUUUUGGUAAUAACGUGACCGUAUGCAUGCCCGUCCGCACCACAGGCAUAGGUAAAGGUAGAAAGUGAAAAAAAAAUGAAAAUUGGUGGUGAGAAAAUGAGAAAUGCUACAUGUAGCAGCCAGCAAGGUGAAAAUGAGUUGCAGUGAAAAGAAAAAGCAAACAGUAACAAAACCAACAAAACUUUUGGUGAGCUACUAUGACUUUUCCUAUACAAGAUGACAGUGUAACUACAUGUAGGAAGUUUCAUGUUGUACAUGUAGAUGUGCAAAACAACGUCAAUGGAAUGUACAAGAAAGUAUGCUGCACGUUUUUUCUUUUCUAAUUAGACCUACUGAUUUUUUGCUGUUCUCGUUGCUGUCGCCGUUUAGCAUUACACGAUUGUAUCUUUUUGUCUGACUGAAUUAUGAGUAUAUUAAUGAGAGCUUUGCUUUUAUCCCUGGCUAAAUCUAUUUAGACAACUUUGACAUCUAACUUAGGAGGGUGAAGAGUUCUUUCAAACCAUACCUAAAUGCACCCAAAGUCAAGUAACUUUCAAAUAUUUUAAAUAAGUAAAUAGAACUCAUCACAAUACAUGUAAGUAUUACUGAGAGCUACUAAACAUACAAUGUAGUAUCUAUUGUUUGCCUCAGUAUGUCUUAUCAGUUGAAUAAUAUGCUUUUGCUGCAGUAUGAGGCGAUAACUGUGCCUUACCCAAAGGACAAGGAAACACCAAUCAUUGACCAGAAAGAGAAGGAAUUGGUAAGAUAAUGAAACAAAAAAUCUACCUACUAUAUGUAAUAAUUUUGUAGAAUAAAUAUAUAAACUAAUUAAUUCACUAAUUUAUUACUGCUACAUGGAAGUACAUGUAAUUAUGACUGGAUUAAAUGAAACUGGAAUUUAGUAGUUUCUGAUCUCUAUGAAACUAGCCCCAGUCAUAGUACUAGUGAUCAACCCAGUGGAUUUGUAUUUGGAAAACCUCAGCUGUAAUAAUUGCACUAUCCAUUGGAUAGAGAUUUUAUCCAAUGAAUAAUGCAUGAUUCUAUUUGCUUUUGGAGCAACUGGGGCCAGUUCCUGUUGAUUCUUUAUGCAAACCUGGACCAGCUUGCAAAGAAUGUAGUGUCUGAUAGCCUGGGGCUAGUGGAUUUUGCAAUGGGCUAGUGAAUCCUAUUCUUUACUUGCCCGAAGGGCAAGUGAAGUUUUUUGGGAAAUUCAGAAAUUCAGAUUUUUGAGCUGCUUAAAGGACUCUUGGGCUAGUACAUACUAGCAAUAACUUGCCCGAAUGGCAAGCCUUAAAACCGACUUUCUUUGCACCCUGCUGUACGUUAGUGCUCCAGAUAGUCCAUUAUUGGGCUGCCCAUGAGGGCAAUGCCCAAUUAAGAAAUAAGAGGCAACUUCUUUCUAUGUAAAGAAAAGACAAAAUGUCAGAUGGAACUCCCAGAAGGCUUUGCGUGUCCCAUUCCUCCUUCAGUGGGGCCAAUUUUUGCAGGAAGGGGACGGGUCAUUUCAGGUCCUCCAGCUAACAGAUUUGGAAGUCAAUUUGGAAUGAUCAACACAAAAUUAUUGACCCAAUGACCCCCUUUCCCCGCCCCCCCGCCCCCAUAUGGAAGUCUUGUUUUCUUAAACCUUGCUGUAGUUAUUACCAGUUCAUGUCAGAGAAGAAACAAAUUGGCAAAUUAUUGUGCUCUUUCAUAGCUUGGUAGCACUGUACUCAAUAUACAACACACUGUGACAUGAAUUUCAUGUACAGUAAGGAUGGAUUAGUCUAAUAAGCUUUAAGGUCCUAAACAGUAGCCAUGAAUUGAAGUCACCAAACAUAAAAGUUUUCUUUUUUCACGCACAGGAGGAGCAUGCUGUUAAGACAGUCAAGCUUGCUAAUGAAGAGAUUGCUAGAUAUGAAGCUGAGGUAUGAAAGUGAAGCAGAAAAAAUACUAAUGUCACAGCAAAUAAAAUCCGUAGCAGUAUUAAUUUUUAUUGGUUAGGUUUUAGCUUGAGUUCAUCGUAACCCUCACUGCCAGGUGUUUUCACAUGGUGUCCCAUUGGCCAUUAUUGAUGUUCUGAAAACUGACAAAACUAAAACAGUGGCCAUAAUUUAUGGUGUUGGAAUUCUCUUUUCUUAAGUGAACACUUUACUUUUUUCCAGUAAACUAAACAAAUCUGAAGAUCACAUGAAUGAAGAAGUAUCAUGUGAAAUUACAGUGAAAGGAAGUCUGGCCUGCACAAUCUAUUUACUGCCCAAUAAAUAACUGAUAGCAACUGCUACCAUUUGAUUGAUUACAAUCAAUACUUGGUGACCAGUCAAUGCUUACAGUUUCAAUUUGUGGUUUUAAAUGCGAAUUGGUUAACAAUGCAAACAAUAUUAACUUAAUUAGAUCCAACUGUUAGACAUUAUAAUUAUUCAAUAGUCUUUCUUCAAUGCGUUAUUAAAGGCAAGCAUAUACUGUAGCUAAUAGUUAAUCAAACGCAAGGACCGCAAUGAUUUAUCAGGGCUGUACGUCUUAAUUUUGGGAAGCACUCUCUUUAAUGUUGAAUUUUGCAAACGUCCCUAUUCGAGGACCAGCCUCUUUUACGGGGGAAAAAAGGCGAAUAAUGAGGUGAAGCGGGGAAACAGGGCCAAAAAAUUAUCCUAGUGGGGGAUGGGAGGUUGGGCAGUACAGGGGGAAAGGGCGGUGGCGCUGUCCCUUCCUCUCUUCGGUCCCCCUCUAUUCACCUCUUUCUUCGCGCCCUCCUUGAUACUGGUUAUUCGCCCAUUGUGCCCGCCGAGGAGCUGGUCCUAGUCAAACACAACCCUUACUUGGGAAUCUGGAAACUUCUAAAAUGCCCUCAGUCGUAAACCCAAGACAAAGUUAACCACUUUCGAACAAAAGACAUGUUACCCAAGAAAAAAUAGAAAUGGUUUGAGAGUAAGUUCCUGAAGCGAUCUUGUUUUGAAUUUGCAGCUACAGAAAAUCAAGUCUAUGAAACCAUUUGAAGAAAUGACGGUAAGCUCAAAACUGCAGCGAAACCUAGAUCCUCCGACCAUUUGUUUACCCAAACCAGGUUCAUGUCAGUGUCUAGCCUAAAAUUCUUAAAAUUAUAAUAGCUGAAUUUUUAACACGUUUAUCACAAAUUAUUUUUUAGUCAUGUAAUAUAGUUUGGGGUUACAUGUAAUGAUAGGCCCUUUGCAGAACUUUGUCCUGUGCUUGUAUGUCACUUAGCAACAGUUCGCUCGAUGGCAAGCCAUCCACGCGUUCAUUCUGAUCACAAAGCUCUGAAUGCGAUCGAUUGAAGCAUUCCUAGUAAAUUUUCCUGUUGAAGAUUUGCCGAAAUGACUGGACUAGAAAACAUAAGAGACGCUUGGAUUAAUCUACAGGAAAGCCUCGCCUGAUUUUACCUGUAUUAAAGUAUGGCGAAAGAUUUGAACUCGUGACUUUAGUGGAACAAAUCCAUUAGGGGCUCGUUUCGCAAAAGUCCCGGUUACUUUUCGGACCCGAAGGCAAAUUUUAAAAUCAAAACCCAAGGAAAUACAGUAGCAUGGGUCCUAGGUCACAAACCAGUCCAAUUUGUUUCUUUAACUGAUAGUUUUGUUGCAUGACCUUCAAAACUAUUAAUACCCCGAUCAUGGAUAUAAAUAAACAUGCAAGCAGAGAACAGCUUUUCGGGCCUUUCGAGAAAAGGGUUUGAAUGCAAAACUUCUGUAUUUGGUGACCGGUCAUCCGUUCCCGUUCGGUAACGUCUCAAGACGUUUCGCUCACGAAACAAAACGAGCCAGACGAGCGCUACACAUGUAUAUACCUCGUUCUUUCAUUAAAGUCGAAUACAUUGUGUAUAACUUGUUCCUUAAGACCUGGCACGGCGAAGCCUAUCUCCCUUUCGUAAACGGUCUAUGCCAUUUUUAACUCGUGGGUACGCGCGAGCUUACCACGAGUUAUUGCAGGGACAGGGAUAUGCAAAUGAGUCACUCGCUCACUCGUAGUAGACGCACUUCGUAAUUAAUCGGGUCUGAACCCGAGAGCGCGAAGAUCUAUCGUUUCCAAAGAAGCACGCGCUCGCCGAAGUUCGGUGGCAUCAAAUUCCUCGCUGAGAGCGUGCAUCGUGCGCUACAGCACGGUUACAGGAUAGAGGUCUUACCGAGUUUAAUACACGCAGGAAUCUUUCAGAUUAGUACGAUUCAAGAGCCUUUGACUCGUCCAGGCGUUAAACUUGACGAGAAGAUGAGCAUUAAUAUGCUCUUCAACUCCUUCAACUUCGACGCUGGCUUGAUCUCCUUCCUUGUAGUAUUGUAGUAGGUUAUGUGUAUGAAUGAAUGUAUGGUAAAUAAAGGCACUUCUUCUUCUUUUCCUAAAAUUUACUGUGGGAAAACCAGAGGUGAUAACUAAUUGAUUAUUUUCUAAACAACGUACCCACGAGUUGACGAUAGUCUUUCUUUGAUUAACGGUCGAUGCCACGAUUGGUAACCGAGCCUUUAGUCACGAUUGAUGUAAUAUAUAGAUAAGCCGGGCUAAAAGCGAAGCUCUCGAUAAUAUUUAUAUUUUAAAAUACAUUGGUAUGCCUGUGGUGCGGACGGACGGUCAGGCGGUCGGUCGGUGUACGGUCACGUGAUUACCAAAUUUUCUCGGAUGGGUAGUUUACUACAUUUUCUUACCCAUGGUGCUCCGCUGCGCGCGCUUCGCGCGCGAGAGCUCCGCUAUUAUAUUCCCAGGAUUAAAUUACAAUAAGGCAAAUAAUACGUUUUUGAAUANUACAUUGGUAUGCCUGUGGUGCGGACGGACGGUCAGGCGGUCGGUCGGUGUACGGUCACGUGAUUACCAAAUUUUCUCGGAUGGGUAGUUUACUACAUUUUCUUACCCAUGGUGCUCCGCUGCGCGCGCUUCGCGCGCGAGAGCUCCGCUAUUAUAUUCCCAGGAUUAAAUUACAAUAAGGCAAAUAAUACGUUUUUGAAUAGUCCUAGAAAGAACGACGUUGAAUCCCAAGUUGAAUUUACAUUAAAAGUUAUGGAAAGGGCUAGAGUCACUUGUUAUUGAUGUAACAGUUGAGAAAGACAAUUUGCUUGAGUAUGCACUUAAAUUUUCCCAAAUUUUGGGGGGUCGGUAUUGUAGUGUAGUGAUGAGAGAGAGAGAUAGAAUACGAAAGGUCCGGGUUCGAACGCUGUGUUGGGAUUUUCUUUCUUUUUAAUAGAAACACUCUCAAAAGCAGGUCAAAAUUUUUCUGAGUGUCUUAGAAAUGGCAGCAAGCUUUAACGAAAGGGACAACUGCCACGGCGAAACGACUUCAUAGGUUGGCGAAGAGGACGUCGGCGAAACGAUUGUAAAUUCUGUUUUACAAGUACCAGCUAUACAGUGUUAACCACUUAGCCACGCUGUUUGCUUGCCUUUUUACUUGAAGUUUGUUUGACAGUCUAACGUAAUAGUAACAAUUGGUUCCGUGAUUUAUAUUUUUCAUUUUUAAUUUCAAGGUGGAUGAUUAUCUUGCGCUCCACCCGGAAAUCAGGAAGCAAGCAGAGGCGGAAAUCGCAAGGAAUGACUGGAGUCAUUAG